UUUUAUUUGUAUGCUUCAACCGAACAGGCUUUAACUUAGUUCCUUCUCUCUUUUGUUUGACUUUGUCUGUAUCGUAAUAUCGAGUCCAUGGCAACUGACGCGCGUUCCCAAGAAACCAAAACCACCGAAACCUUUUCAAAUAUUCGAAACCCAAAUGCCCACCCUUCUUGGUAUUCUCCACAAACAGGGGUUUACAAGUCUGUUUACAAGCCUGUAAGCCUCCCAAACGAGCCUGUUCUUGAUGUUGUAUCGUUCAUUUUUUCGAAAAAACAUAAUGGGGUUUCAGCUCUGGUUGAUUCCUCAUCUGGGUUGUCGAUAUCUUAUCGAGAGCUUUUGCCUUUGGUGAAAUCUGUGGCUUGUGGGUUGCAAAAAAUGGGUGUUAAGCAAGGCGAUGUUGUGAUGAUUCUGUUACCGAAUUCUAUUUAUUUUCCGGUGAUUCUGUUGGGUGUUAUGUGUAUGGGUGCAGUUGUGAGUACUAUGAAUCCUCUGUCUAGUUUCAGUGAGUUGAAAAGACAAACAGCUGCGUGUCAUGCAAAGGUUGUGUUUAGUUUGGUGGAUAAUGUUGAGAAUUUGAGUGCACUGGGAGUUUCUGCAGUGGCUGUGCCGGAGAGAUUUGAUUAUGAGUCUGUCCCGAGGGAGUUUUCGAGGUUUUAUGAACUUAUAAGUAGUGAUGCUAGUUUGUUUUCGAGGCCGGUGAUUCGACAGGAGGACACGGCUGCUGUGAUGCAUUCGUCAGGGACUACUGGGACUUCCAAAGGAGUGGUGCUGACACAUAAGAAUUUUAUUGCUAUGGUUGAGUUGUUUGUUCGAUUUGAGGCAUCACAGUAUGAUUUGGUGAGCUGGGAGAUGGUUUAUUUGGCUGUUUUGCCUAUGUUUCAUAUUUAUGGACUUUCUCUUUUUGUCAUGGGAUUGUUGUCGUUGGGAUCAAAGAUUGUUGUGAUGAGGAAAUAUAACGCGGAUGAGAUGCCAAACGUUAUACAGAAAUAUGGAGUUACUCACUUUCCGGUGGUGCCACCACUAUUGGCUGCACUGACAAGAGCAGCACAUACUGAUGAGAGAGUUAAAUUGAAGGGUUUGAAGCAGGUUUCAUGUGGUGCUGCUUCUUUAAGUGCAAAAAAUAUUGAGGAUUUUGCUAAUGCUCUCCCUCAUGUCGACUUCAUUCAGGGUUAUGGCAUGACUGAGUCAACUGCUGUAGCAACUAGAGGCUUCAAUACUGAUAGCCGUAAAAAUUAUUAUUCAGUAGGACUUCUAUCUCCAAACAUGGAAGCUAAAAUUGUGGAUUCUUUAGCUGGUGUCUUCAAGGGCCCUGGCAGUAUGGGUGAGCUGUGGUUACGCGGACCUUCUAUCAUGAAAGGAUACUUGAACAAUUUGGAGGAAACUAUGUCGACUAUGGAUGAAGAAGGAUGGUUACAUACCGGAGACAUUUGCUAUUUUGAUAAAAAUGGGUACUUAUAUUUGAUCGACCGAUUGAAAGAGAUAAUCAAGUACAAUGGUUUUCAGAUUGCUCCUGCUGAAUUAGAGGCCAUAUUAAUCACUCACCCAGAAGUAGCUGAUGUUGCAGUGACAGCAGCCAAAGAUGAAGUUACUGGAGAAAUACCUGUAGCAUUUGUUGUGAAAAGGCAUGGAUCUGGAAGCAGGAUUUCUGAAGCAGAGUUAAUAGAUUACACUGCCAAGCAGGUUGCCCCUUACAAGAAAGUGCGAAAAGUCGUGUUUACAAACUCCAUACCACGGUCUGCAGCUGGAAAGAUUCUCCGUAGGGAACUAAGGAACUUCUUACCUUCCAAAAUUUAAUACCGUGGAUUACUCCUAGUAGCAGCUGUAAAGAAAGUCUUUGCUAAGAAAAAAUAUAGCAUAUUUGCUGUACAACAUAGACUGCAUCCAUUCCAGUUCUUGCAAGGCUCGUAAACAUCAUUACAUAUUUAGUUAUCAAUUAUGGUACUUGCAGUGUUUAUAGUAACCAUUUAUUCAUGAUUGUAAUAUCUGUUUUGAUCGAGACAAUAAAAUUUGCAAAGCAAGCGUAGUAUGUCUAUUUGCUACGCGUAUUCUUACCUUCA